UAUUGGUGUGGAGGAUCUGCUGAGGCUAUAAAAGCAGAGCGCAGCGCGGAGAGAGGACCGUCCUUCAGUCAGCACAGCACCGGAGCUCUCAGAAACACGCACAGCGCAGCCAUGAGUGAGAGACAAGCAUCGGGAGCAACAACUGGAAACAGCAAACCAUCUGCUGGCCAAGAGGAGAAGAACAAGAACAACCUCCCCCAGGACUUCGACAUCGACAUGGAGGACCCGGAGACGGAGAAGGCCGCCGUGGCCAUCCAGUCGCAGUUCAGGAAAUUCCAGAGCAAAAAGAAACAGGAUGUGAAGUCAUAGAGCGGGCGCUUCCAGCUGCGCCGCCACUUGAUUUGUGGGUCUUUGCAUGUCAAUCAAACUGCACCGUCAUGAACUGAAAAGAAAAAAGGGAGGGGGUGGGGGUGAGAUUCCUGAAGGUGGAGGUCGGGUGGUCUGGGGAUAAAUAGUAUAUUUGUGAAAGUCUGUGUGUAAUUACUAACUUAAUAUGACUAUUAUAUACAAAAAUGAUAAUGUGUGUAUUUAAAUCUUUCCUAUAAUUUUGCUAUUUCUGUUUUUUACUUCAAAGACACUUUACAGUGUAGCUGCAGUAGAGCUUAAAGUUUUUCUUAUGUCACAAUCAGUGUAAUAUACCCAUGUUAACAACAAACUAAAACAAGUCUUCUCAUAAAUUGUCAAACACUGAUUACCUUUAUUUCAGGAGGAAUAUAAAGCCACAUGCUUUGCUGUGAUUGACACUUUCAUUGGGUCACGAUUUCAUCGACAGUCUUAGCGAGGCGUCAUAAUCAAAAGAUUUUCAGCUCUAUUGGAGGUCUCUUCAUGGCAUUUCCCUCUGGCUGGGUAAAAUGAUCCCGAAACAGUUGCCAGUGCUUUUACGCCGUAUGACUGAUGCUUUUAAAAUCCAAUCAAUGUGUAAUUUGUCGGGGAUGUCGGAGGUCUUUCAGUCUGAUGACAUGAACCUGUGUGUAGAUGUCGUGCUUGUGAUUUCCAGUCGUGUUUCUUUCCUUCUUCUUGUUCCAACGUGAUUCAGACAAUGUCAUUGUUCAGUUGGCUCACACAUUUAUGCUGUACAAGCACACACACACACACACACACACACACACACACACACACACUUAUGCAUGCAAGCUUGCACAGACACACACACACAGACACACUC